AUUCGCGGCGGAAGUUGAUUGUGUGGGUCGCUGCCUUGCAGUUGUUCUGCGAGACUGCACUUGUUAAUUCUACACCGAAUCUGACCGAGAAGGCAGCAUCGGACCUCAACUGAAGAAGAAAUAAUGUCAAACCCAAGUCCAUCCAGCAAACCAUCAAACCCAACCAAUCCACGGGUGUUCUUCGAUGUGGAUAUCGGUGGAGAGAGAGUUGGCCGCAUAGUCCUUGAACUGUUUGCAGACAUUGUUCCAAAAACUGCAGAAAAUUUCCGUGCGCUAUGUACUGGAGAAAAGGGAAUUGGGCUUACGACAGGGAAGCCUCUACAUUUUAAAGGAUGUCCUUUCCACAGGAUCAUAAAGAAGUUCAUGAUCCAGGGGGGAGAUUUCUCCAAUCAAAAUGGAACUGGGGGAGAGAGUAUUUAUGGAGAGAAGUUUGAAGAUGAAAACUUUCAUUACAAGCAUGAUCGUGAAGGCUUGCUCAGCAUGGCAAAUGCAGGACCCAAUACCAAUGGCUCUCAGUUCUUCAUCACCACAGUACCAACAGCUCACCUGGAUGGGAAACAUGUCAUUUUUGGACAGGUUUUGAAAGGCUUAGGUGUAGUGAAAAUUCUAGAAGCAAUAGAAACUAAUGAGGAAAUGCCAGUCAAGCCAUGUUGUAUAGCUGAGUGUGGAGAGCACAAAGACGGAGACAAAUGGGGGAUUGCCCCUGAUGAUGGCUCAGGAGACACCCAUCCUGACUUUCCAGAGGACUCUGACAUUGAUUUAAAAGAUGUUGAAAAAAUCGUGCCCAUUGCAGAAGAUGUAAAGAAUAUUGGAAACAACUUCUUCAAAUCCCAAAACUGGCAGGCAGCAAUCAAGAAAUACUCCAAAGCUUUAAGGUACCUGGAGGUCUCCAGAGAUGAAGUGGAAGAUGAGAAUCUACAGAAGAAGCUGGAGCCCAUCGUGUUGAGCUGCAUUCUAAAUAUGGCUGCCUGUAAACUCAAGCUGCAGAUCUGGCAGGAAGCCAUUGACAGCUGCAAUGAGGCUCUAGAAAUAGAUGAGUUGAACACUAAAGCACUGUACAGGAGGGCCCAAGCAUGGCAAGGAAUGAAGGAAUAUAAUCAAGCUCUGGUUGAUCUGAAAAAAGCUCAAGAGUUAACACCUGAAGAUAAAGCCAUUAGCAAUGAGAUGCUCAGAGUGAAACAAAAGAUAAAGGAGGAAAAAGAGAAAGAAAAGAAAACUUAUGCAAAAAUGUUUGCUUGAACAAACCUUUCAAUUGAAGAUUCAUUAGUUUGCUUCAAGAAGCCUUUCUUUUUGGUUGUAGAAAGUAACAAGCAGUAGUGUAUAUGUAUUUAGAGUUGAUCUACGUCCUGCAACAUUUAAACAGACCCUACACUUUAUCUGAUAUUGCUCAAGAAUAAUGCAAUUUGGUAAACUAUUAAACUGAAAUGCAGAACUGUCAACAGCAGUGUAGUUUUAAGGCUAUAAAGAUAGCAGAUAGUAAUGUUAAGGUUUACAUAGUUUGGUUGUGUUGUAUUAUGUUCAGGGAUAUCUAGAAAAAAAUAUGAUGUUCUCCACAG